UACUUUUAAAAUUGUCAAAUUUCAGCACGAAUAGCAAACUUGUAAAUUCCUCUCUUAUUUUAAUGACUGCAUAUUUUUAAUAUAAUUUUAACUAAUUAUUUAUUGGAACAGAACAAUGGCUGAUUCCCCAAGUGAACCUCGAGCAAAACGUCAACGUGUGGACAAGGCAGGCCGAUUUGCUGCUUUGGAACGAUUGAAGAAGUUAAAAGGCAGUAAACACAAAUAUGAAGUUGAAGAGGAAGUUGACAAUGUUUAUGAAGUGGUUGAUGAGCGUGAAUAUUCAAAACGGGCAAAAGAAAAAUAUGGUGAUGAUUGGAUUGAGGAAGAUGGCACUGGUUAUGCUGAAGAUGGUCGCGAUUUCUUCGAAGAUGAGGAUGAAUAUUCUGAGGAGGAAGUCGAACAGAAAGCAAACAAAAACAAGAAAAAUAGCAAAAAGAGGCCUCGCGAUAGUGAUAAGCCAGUAAAGGGGAAAAGCUCAAUACGAAACCUUUUCAGUAACGCUGUUCCAAAGAAAAAUCCUGUUACUUCGUUAGCAGAAGAUAACAUAUUGGCAGAUAUUUUAGGCGAAUUACAUGAGAAACCUAAAGGUUCAACAUCUAAAGACGCUCAGACAGCUUCAGAUAUAGAAAUAAAACAAACGAAACACAUAGCGCCAGCAAAGAUUAUUAGCAAGUCAACAAACAAGUCAGAUGCUGCACUUGCGAAAGAAUAUAUGAACAAUUUCAUAAAUAAUAUAAAAAUUAGCGAAGAAGUAAAGAAGCCCGAAAAAACAAGUGAUGAUGAGCUGCUGGAUAGCAUUCUUAAACCUAAACCUACAGUUAACAAAAAACCAAUGUCGGAAAAAUCUAAGCUUGAAAGUACAGCACCAAAACUGGUUGAAGCGACAGUUCUUGCUAAGAAAGCCCGUAAGGAAACUGCUGUGGAAAUACAGGCACAAUUAAGCAAAACCGAAAAAACUGUUAAGAAAUUAGCUGAAGAAGAAGCUCAAGCAAAUGAACCCGAAUUUCCAGAUGAUGAUAUGGACUUCAGUUGUUUGCAGAAUGAAGAAAAUCAAUUUCAGAAUGCUAAAUAUACAACGAUCGAUGCAAAGAAAAAAUCACCAAAGAAAACGGAAAAAGAGAAAGGCGCUCCAGUAAAAGAUGUAGAUGACUUGCAAAAUUUGUUGAGCAACUGGGAACAAGUUUGUCAAAUGGAUAAUUUUGAAGAAGAAACUAUAAAUAGUGAAAAUACUUCUGACGCCAGCUUGGCUGGUAAAGACACCUUAAAAUUUUGGUAUUGGGAGGCGUGGGAGGAUCCGGUUAAAUGUCCAGGAGAAGUUUUCCUCUUUGGACGCACAACUGAGGGUAAAUCUCUCUGUGUAAGGGUUGAAAAAAUUGAUCGCGUAUUGUAUCUAUUACCCAGAAAAUAUUUACUGGAUCCUAUAACGAAAGAAUCAACUGGAAAACUCGUACAAUUGAGUGAUCUAUAUAAAGAAUUUGAUGAAAAUAUUUCUAAUGAACUAAAAUUAGACGGAUUUCGAUCACGUAAAGUUACAAAAAACUUUGGUAAUCAUUCCAUUGGUAUUGAUGUACCACAAGUUUGUGACUACAUGGAGAUACAUUACGACGGUAAGAAGCCACCGCCAAAUUUAAAGAAAAAAUACAAUUCCAUUGCUCACAUAUUCGGUGCAAACACAACCGCUUUGGAGCGUUUUUUACUCGAUCGCAAAAUCAAAGGACCUUGUUGGUUGACACUGAAAGAGUUCCGUCCUAAUCCAGCGCCAAUAAGUUGGUGCAAUUCCGAUGUAAGCGUUAGUGAACCAAAAUCGGUAAUACUCUCUGAAGAUCCAAAGCCCGAACCACCUCCUCCGCUUACGCUACUCACACUUAACGUGCGAACAGCACUUAACCCCAAAACGCUUAAAAAUGAAAUCUGCAUGAUUUCCAUGCUAGUUCACAACCGCUUUCAUAUUGAUCGACGCGCACCUCAACCUGCCUUCAAUAGAAGCAUGUGCGGUAUUACACGACCUGUAAUGGCUGCAUGGCCCUUCGAUCUCAAAGUUAAAUUAUCACAGUUCAAAGCUAUAAACGUGGCAAAGCAUGACAACGAACGUGGACUUCUCAUGUGGUUCAUGGCAAUGUACCAGCAAGUGGAUGCCGAUUUAAUCGUUACUUUUGAUGCUAUUGAUUGUCAGUUGGAUGUGAUUACUGACCGCAUUUCUACACUCAAGGUGCCGCAAUGGUCCCGUUUGGGACGUGUACGUCUCUCUGCACAUGCUAGUGGCCGUAAGUGGCUCGAUUACUUCGCAGGUCGUAUGGUAUGUGAUGUGAAGAGGACAGCUUCUGAGGAGAAGAUAAAGGCGCGAUCAUAUGAUCUGCAGACUUUGUGUCAAGCCGUGCUGGAAAUCAAAGAGAACGAGAGAAGGGACGUGAAUGAUGAAGAUCUUUUACAGAUGUUUGAGACUGGCGAUGGGGUGCUGAAGUUGAUAACAUUGACAAUGCAGGAUGCCGCCUAUGUACUUCGCAUGAUGUAUAAACUCGACCUUUUGCCAUUGGCAUUACAAAUAACAAACAUUUGCGGCAAUACCAUGACGCGAACACUGCAGCAUGGACGCUCAGAGCGCAUUGAAUUUCUGCUUUUACAUGCUUUCACUGAGAAAAACUAUAUAGUACCGGAUAAAAAGAAGCGGGAGUGGAAUGAUAAUAAUAAUACCAUUAUUGAUGGCGAGGUAAAUGAUACAACAGCCGCAGCAUCAAGCAGUGGACGAAAGAAAGCUGCCUACUCUGGCGGUAUGGUAUUGGACCCCAUUGCAGGACUGUAUGACAAAUAUAUACUUCUUAUGGAUUUCAAUUCACUUUAUCCGAGCAUUAUUCAGGAGUAUAACAUAUGUUUCACAACAGUUCAACAGCCUUAUAACGCUGAAGAUCUGCCUCAACUACCCGAUUCGAGUGUAGAGCUUGGUAUAUUGCCACAACAAUUGCGUCGAUUAGUACAGUCCCGACGUGAAGUGAAGAAAUUAAUGGCCAAAUCGGAUGUUCCGCCGGAGCAACUCAAACAGUAUGAUAUACGACAGUGGGCAUUAAAAAUCACCGCCAACGCUAUGUAUGGAUGUCUAGGUGCUAGUCACUCACGUUUUGCUGCACAGCACCUAGCCGCUUUGGUGACGCACAAAGGUCGAGAGAUACUUAUGAAUACAAAAAGUUUGGUUCAAAAAAUGAGCUAUGAAGUGGUUUAUGGUGAUACCGAUUCAAUCAUGGUGAACACGAACAUACUAGACUACGAUCAGGUGUUCACAAUCGGUAAUGGCAUCAAGCAGAGUGUCAAUAAAAUAUACAAACAAGUGGAAUUGGGUAUCGACGGUGUAUUUAGUUGUUUGCUGUUAUUAAAAAAGAAAAAGUAUGCAGCUGUGAAGGUGGAAAAGGAUGCUAAAAGCGGCGCGUUAGUCAAGGUGCAAGAGCAAAAAGGUCUCGAUAUCGUCCGUCGCGAUUGGUCCCAACUUGCAAUUAUGGUUGGCCGUGUGGUACUCGACGAAAUUCUUUCGGAUAAACAACUCGAUGAAAAACUGGAUGCAGUGCAUUCACAUCUCGAGAAGAUACGCACACAAAUAGAAUCAGACUCUGUGCCGUUACCAAUGUACAUUAUAACAAAGCAGCUUUCUAAGGCGCCCACAGAGUUCAAUAAUGCCAUCUCGCAGCCUCAUGUCCAGGUCGCAUUACGCAUGAAUACAACACGCAACAGACGUUAUAAAAAAGGUGAUAUGGUGGAUUAUGUCAUUUGUUUAGAUGGCACAAAUAAUCCGGCCACACAACGCGGUUAUCACUUGGAUGAAGUGAAAUCGAGUGAAACGUUGAAAUUGGACUCACAAUAUUAUCUGGCGCACCAGAUACAUCCGGUAGUCACGCGCAUGGUGGACGUGUUAGAGGGCACAGAUGCCAGUCGGGUAGCUGAGUCACUAGGCUUGGACCCGAGCAAGUUUAGAGCGGCUGCUCAAAGAGCUCAUCAAGAGCGCGCUGAGGAUACAACGGGUGAAUCGCUAGUGAAGACUACUUUGCAAAAAUAUCGCGAAUGCGAUAAAUUCAAGUUCAUUUGCAUCUCCUGCAAAUCAGAAAAUAUUAUUGCAACGGCUUUUCGGCCUAACGCAGCUAAUUCCUAUGAUGCAGUGCUGCAAAAGUGUGUCAAUACAGAUUGUUGUAGUGCGCCGCAUCAAUACAUAGUGGCCAUACGCAAUCGUCUGCUACUGACCAUACGUUCGUAUGUGAAACGUUUCUACCAAAAUUGGCUUGUCUGUGACGAUCCGUCAUGCAAUCAGAAUACACGAUUUCAUACUCAUGUAACAGCGGGUAGUCGACCUGUUUGCCCUUACUGUAAAAACGGUUCAUUGGUGCGUCAGUAUUCGGAGAGGAAUUUAUAUCAACAACUAAGCUAUUUCCAAUACAUGUUCGAUUUAAGUAGAUACCAACAUAAACAUGUUCCACUCACACCAGAAACCGAGGCUGCCUAUCAAGUGCUUUUCGAAACGGUGAAUCUACAAUUGGAAAAAUCGGCAUUUUGCACAAUAUCCUUGGGAAAAUUGUUUAGUUAUUUCAAACCUUUCGAACAAAGUGAUACAAUUUCACAUAAGAAAAUUGAUCUACCACAGCUGGAAACACAGGUGGCCAUUAGCCUUGAUGAAAAUUAAAUUUUGUCACUUGGAACAUUUUUUAAUAGGACAAAGAGGUUUAUUUAUAAGAGUAAUGGGAUUAUAAAUAUAUCAAGAGGGAACUAUUGUAAAGUCUAAUAUUCGCUUUAGAAAUUAAAAAUAAAACCGAACUUUUAAAA